GGAAAUUCCACUCAGAGCUAGGAACGACGCGCGAGAACUUCUACGCAGGACAGCAGCUAGACGUUCAGUCUCGCAAUGAUGCAAACCAUUGCACUCGUUCUCUUGAUUGCUCUCGCGGGAACUUCAGCGUCCCCCGCACCCCGCAGCGACGAAGCCCUUCAAUACUACUACUUCAUGCACCCCCCAAGCAUGGAGUACAUGUUGGGAGAUAAGCGCUCGAAUGGAAUGAUCGAUUUCGGAUUGGCGCGCGGGAUGUCAGGAGUCGAUGCGGCCAAAGCUCGACUCGGUCUGAAGUACGCAAACGAUCCCUUCGGUCCGGGUAGAAGGUAGAGUAGUCAGCACGUGGAUCUUUCUGGGCUGUCCAGAGCGGAUUCGUUCAGCAACUGGAGCCUCCCGGAAGAA